AAGAAAGUUACAUCCCGUAAUUCGGCAAAACUCUUCACGAAGUGGUUAGAGGAGUACGCCACAAGUCCAACGGAUGGCGUAACAUUUGUCCCAAGAAACCUGUGGGGCAACAACGACACGUUGUUAAUGAUGGCUAUCUUGUUGAAAAAAGACAUUUUCGUGCUUGGUCAAGAUAACAACCACAAC